GUUCUAUUGGUUCAUUGUCGCUUUAGAGAAAAAACAAAGAAAAUCAAUGGCGAAAACACCGGAGGAAGAGCACCCCAUCAAGGCGGUUGGAUGGGCAGCCAGAGAUUCUUCUGGCGUCCUUUCACCUUUCAAAUUCUCCAGAAGGGCCACUGGAGAAAAGGAUGUAAGAUUCAGAGUUCUUUAUUGUGGGAUAUGCCACUCGGACCUUCACAUGGUCAAGAAUGAAUGGGGCACCUCCAUAUACCCACUUGUCCCUGGCCUAAAACAACGGCAAGAAACACGUUCAUUUUUGGAGCUCGAAGUAAUGGCAUGAAAUUGGAAAUUCCAUUCGACUGCAGGCACGAAAUUGUUGGGGAAGUGACAGAACUGGGGAGCAGAGUGAACAAAGUUAAAGUAGGAGACAAAGUGGGAGUAGGAUGCGUUGUUGGUGCAUGCCACUCCUGCGAGAACUGUAACAAUGACCUUGAAGUUUACUGUCCAAAAAUGAUAUUAUCCUACGGUGCGUGUUACUACGAUGGAACAGUUACAUACGGAGGCUACUCAGACACCAUGGUAGCUGAUGAGCGCUACAUCCUCCGAUUCCCUGAAAACAUGCCACUUGAUGCUGCUGCUCCUCUCCUUUGUGCUGGAAUCACAGUUUAUAGCCCAUUGAAAUAUUAUGGGUUAGCAGAGCCAGGUAAACACAUUGGGGUUGUUGGCCUUGGUGGGCUUGGUCAUGUGGGUGUUAAAUUUGCCAAAGCUUUUGGAGCAAAAGUGACGGUAAUUAGUACCUCCUCUAGCAAGAAAGAUGAAGCUUUGGAACAUCUUGGUGCUGACUCAUUUUUGCUUAGCUCCAACCAAGAACAAUUGGAGGCUAGCCUAGGCACGUUUGAUGGUAUACUAGAUACAGUAUCUGCUAUGCAUUCGAUUUUACCCUUAAUUGGUCUAUUGAAAUCACAUGGAAAGCUUGUUAUGUUGGGUGCACCAGAGAAACCGCUUGAGCUACCCGUCUUUCCUCUACUUAUGGGAAGGAAGAUGGUUGCGGGUAGUGCAACCGGAGGAAUGAAGGAAAUUCAGGAGAUGAUAGACUUUGCGGCAAAACACAACAUCACAGCAGAUAUUGAGGUUAUUCCAAUAGACUACGUUAACAAGGCAAUGGAGCGUCUUGCUAAGGGUGAUGUCAGAUACCGAUUUGUCAUUGACAUUGGAAAUAGCUUGGCUUCUUCCAACUGAAGACAACCUCAAUCAAUCGGCUUGUCUUAGUUUUCUUGUAUUUGUGUCAAUGGAUUUUUUUAAAAUAUUGCUCAAGUUUUGCUUUUAUCUCGAGCAAAACAUGAUUGUCCUUAUAAUUAAAGUAUAAUUAAUAAACGUCGAAUAAGAAAAUAUUUGAAUUUUUCUA